AUGGCCAAGACCUGGAAUACCCCCGAGACCAUCACAGCCCUCCUCUCCUUCUACCGGCCCUCGAAAUCUCCCACCCCAUCAGUCUACCCGCAAUCUGAGACCGAACGAGCCGAAGUCCGCCGCUUCUACACCUUUGGCAAAGACCUCAACGCCCAUCCGGAUCUUUUACAUGGAGGGGUGAUUUCUUGUUUGCUGGACAGUUCGUUAGGCGGGGCGGUGGGCAUGGCAUUGCGGGAGACGGCGGUGUCGAAUACCAUGUUCACGGUGCAGUUGAACGUGUCGUAUAAGAAGCCUGUGCGGACGCCGGGGACGGUGAUGUUGAGGUGUUGGGUAACGAGGGUGGAGGAGGAUGGGCGGAAAGUGUGGGCUUAUGGGGUUGUCGAGGGGGAUGGUGGGGUGGUGCAUGCGAUGGCGGAGGGGAUGUGGUUGAGUGGGACGAAGAAGAAAGGGAAGUUGUAG